CCACGAGCUACACACUAAAAUUUAACAUUUGUGCUGCUGGUUCAGUCACAUGAUAGGCUAGAGUGUUACCAUUUCUUUCUUUGUCUGCUUUUACUGCACAAGGCUGAUUAGCUACAUCAGCUCUUAUGACUUCUGUUUUUUGCUCAACGCUGCUUUCCAGCUGAGGCCUACCUUUCUGUCGUGUCCUCCUCCACAGGCAGCACAGGCUCUGAUUUCCAUCAAAGUUUCAAAAAGUUAUUUGCUCGAGCUCCUCCCAAGUCGGCUAGGCUUUUGAAGGAUUUUCCAGUGCUGGUAGAGCGUGACUGCUGGAGAAUCCCUCUCAUCUUUGAUGGUCCAGAGAGCUGUGGUCAAGCCCAGAAGCUGUGUGAUCGCACAGUUUGUGUGUGUGCGUUUCCAUGCCAAGCGUGUUUGAAUAGCCUGUCCAAGCCUUUCAGAAACUGCUGGUCUGGCUGUCAUGUGUAGUGCAAGUGGGGAAGUAUGAAUUCAGUGUGACAGGAGAGUGUGUGUGCGCUUGUGAAAUUGUGUGAGAUAGAGGAAGCAUCGGUGUGUGACUGAAUAUACUGGGACUCUCUCAUGGAUUGCUAUAUUUUGCGUCCGAGCUCAGACCAGAGAGGACCGGAGCGCUGUCAUCUCUGAUGACCACUGAUCAAGUGGAAAGUUCUAUUUAGCUGAGCAGUUAUAAUCAACUGCACAACCUUUUGUAGCCACGUCUCAGUUAUCAAAGCUAAAAAAUGUAGCUUUACAUCUACAGACAGAUAUGGGGGGGUUAAUUGGCUCUAACGCUGAGGUGUAGCUGAGCAUCCUCGGGAAUGGAGUUGACAGGUUCCUCUGGUGGAAAUGGAGGUAACGUUUCUUCUUGAGACUGUUCCUGAGCUCCUGUGCUGGGAAAAGCCUUUGUAGUGGUGUCGCAUGGCAGAAGGGAGGUCAAGGGAGCACAGCCUGGUUGGAAGGGGACAUCCACAUCCUUCAGUGUGGACCCAAACCAUGAAUAUUGUGGGCCAGUUGGCAGAGACAGUGUUUGUGACAGUGAAGGAGCUGUACCGUGGCCUUAACCCUGCCACUCUUACCGGAGGGAUCGACGUCAUUGUGGUGCGGCAGCCUGAUGGAUCGUUCCAGUGUUCCCCCUUUCACGUCCGCUUUGGCAAGCUGGGCGUGCUGCGCUCCAAGGAGAAAAUUGUGGACAUUGAGAUAAAUGGAGAAUCGGUUGACCUACACAUGAAGCUGGGUGACAAUGGAGAGGCUUUUUUUGUGGAGGAAAAUGAAAACAUGGAGUCUCAAGUCCCAGCCCAUCUGUGCACCUCCCCAAUUCCUCUUGAAGUCCUGGAGGAGAUCGAGGAGACCACUGAAGGAUCCUUCAUCGCCGGGUCUGGCGCUCGCAGGAAGAAACGCCGUCGCAAACGCAUGCGUUCUGACACUCACCUGAGAGAAGAGGCCAGCUCCUCAUCAGAUGAGAGAGAGAGAGAGAAGGAGUGGGAGAGAGAAGGUGAUCGGGCCGGGCAGGAGAGUCCUGCUAAAGAGCAGCCCAUCACACCACUGCAAUGCAGUAAAUCGGUGUACUACUCGCUGUCUGACGAGCUAAAUGAGGAGCUGGGGGCCACACAGACCAGAGACACUCAUCCACACUCAGAUGGAGAGCAGUCGCCCUCAGAAAGCAGUGUGUUCUGCAGCCGGCCAUCCUCUCCGAAGAGCGACUCUGAGCUGCUGGUUAAAUCCCAGGAGUCCUCUGGGCCUCAGAUACAGUGGAACUGGGGAGGUUUUCCCAUGCUGUGCCAGUCAGAGAGGACACCGCUCAUCUCCCCUUCCAGCAGCUCGCAUUUCCGCACCAUCGAGAGACAGAACUCCUUUGACAUGGGCUAUGAGCCGGUGAUCAACUGUGGCAGAGUGGGCAGCGUAACAGUGGUCAGGCCACAACCCAGGACUCACUCCCUAGACCUAGGUAGCCACGCUAUGCAAACCACCCCUUUAUCCAAAGAGAAAAUCUCUCACAUUGCUCAUUCCACCCCCAGUAACCUCUCCAGCUCUGCUGCUUCAUCAGCAAAGACCAACAUGGACUCAAUACCAGCACUUGAAUCCACAGUAGAGGAAGCCGAGAUCUCAUCUUCUUAUUCAGCCAAUCUAAUUAAUGGCACGGACUCUCUUGGCAACAAAGAAAGCACAACCAAUGUUGAGCAUAUUAGCACUGUGACUGACAUAAUUAGCCCCUCAAUGACAAAUAGCGUGGUCAGUGUGACCGAACCAAAAAACACGCUAAAGCAGCUCAUCAAAGAGAGUGAAGACUGCGCAGUCACAGCAACAAGUCCGAGUAGCACGGAGUUAGCAGAUCCACAACAGCAGGGUGCCUUGUUGGAGCAAAGUGAACAGGGAUCCACCAGCAGUGCCCCUGUCAGUGAGGGGGACAGUGGGAUAGAUCCCUGUGCUGAGGGUGGGGAGGAGGAUGCUGGAUCUGGAGGGACUGAAGGGUCAGAAGGAGACUCACUGACCAACAAAACUGCACCAGAAGCUGAAGGGAGAGAUGCUGAUGCCAGCUGGAGUGCUGCAGAGGGGUUAGCACACACUUCUGAUGCAGCCUCCAAAGUGGAGCAGCAGGACAAGAAAGGUAAACGUAAUCACCAUCUAGGACCAGCUGAUAUUUACUUAGAUGAUCUGACCACGUUGGACCCUGAGGUGGCUGCACUCUACUUCCCCAAGAGCGAGGCAGAGGGAGCAUCUCCGCAGGGGCCGGAGCAGGGCUCCCGCUCCGGGAGCCAAUCACCUCAGUCAGUGGGCAGCGGGGCCAUGGACAGCGGCACAGAAUACCUGUCAGAUUCCACCUCCUACAACAUGGAUGUCAGCAUGUCCCUUUGUGGACAAGAGGGCGACACCAGCCAAAUCACUAAAGAAAAGUUUAUGGAGCACAUUGUGACAUACCAGGACUUUGCCAACAAUCCAGGAAUCAUUGAGGAUCCAAGCCUUGUGGUCUGCAUCAACUCCAACUAUUAUAACUGGGCAGUGGCUGCUCCAAUGGUUUUGUCAAUGACAACAUUCCAGAAAAACCUACCCAAGAGUACAAUAGAGCAGCUGGUGAAGGACAAGAUGCCCAAAAAGUCUGGACGCUGGUGGUUCUCUUGGAGGAGAAGAGACAUGGACAAUAACCAGCAAAAGAACUCAAAGGAUGAGCAAGAGGAGCCGCUGGCAAGUGUUUCUACCACAGUAAAAGCCACUUUGGAUGACAUCGAGAGUGAUGAGGCAGCGGGCCUCGGUCGAAAAGCCAUCAUUGCUGCCAGCCUGUCGACAGAAACCCUCAACGCCACUCAGUGUAUCAGCCAGAUGUACCGCAAAUCACUACGUCUGACCUCUGAACAGAUAGAGCACUUAAACCUGCGCGAAGGAGCCAACAAGGUGGUGUUCAGUGUGACCACACAGUACCAAGGCACCUGUCGCUGUGAGGCUGCCAUCUACCUGUGGAACUGGGACGAUCGCGUCAUCAUAUCAGACAUAGACGGCACCAUCACCAAGUCUGAUGCUCUGGGUCAUAUUCUACCUCAGUUUGGAAAAGACUGGACACAUAAAGGCAUCGCCAAACUCUACCACAAAAUACACCAAAAUGGCUAUAAGUUCCUGUAUUGUUCAGCACGGGCCAUAGGUAUGGCUGCCAUCACUAAGGACUACCUCCAGUGGGUCAAUGACAAAGGCACGGUCCUCCCUAAAGGGCCUGUACUGCUGGCUCCCAGCAGCCUCUUUUCAGCUCUACACAGGGAGGUUAUUGAGAAGAAGCCGGAGGUUUUUAAAAUUGCCUGUCUCAGUGACAUCAGGGACCUGUUCAACCCACAGAGGCGGCCCUUCUACGCGGCCUUCGGCAACAGGACUAACGAUGCGUAUGCCUAUAAGCAGGUUGGGGUGCCUGACACCAGGUUAUUUACCGUCAACCCAAAAGGAGAGCUCAUCCAGGAGAGGACUAAAGGCAACAAGUCCUCGUACAGUCACCUCAGUGAGUUGGUGGAACAUUUCUUCCCCAUGCUGUCUAUCGAGGGCAGCUCAUCCACUGUGUUGAACUGUCCUGAGUACAGCAGUUUCUCUUACUGGAAGGAGCCUCUCCCAGAACUGGACCUGAAUGCACUGCUGUAGACACACACACACGCCCAUAUUUACCAAAAGCCACACACACAAAGAUUAAGGCGAGCACGAAGCCAGCACACACUCUUAUCUUUGUUCGCUCCUUUUUCAGAGGAUUUUUAAGGAUUUUUCCCGACAUGCCUGAAUAUUGCCUUGGAUAGACCUGCCAACUUUAGUGCCUGUUUAUAAAACACUGAAAAAACUGGAACACAAAGAGGCCACUGUCCUGUCAGACCAAGACUGAGCAAAUUAAGUCAUAAAACUCUAAUCAUUUCAAAACUAAGUGUGCAAAGCAGUAUGCUGUACUUCAUUUCAGUGCUUAAACUGACUGACUGUUUACGCAAUAUUUAGCUAUUUUUAUGUGGAAAUCCAACAGUGAGCAUGACUCAACUGGACAAAUAUGCCUUUAGACUGCUACAGUUUUUUGAUAUUGUGUGCACCAGAAUCACAGUCAUUCCAAAAUAAUGAAUUUAAACAGUGUAUAUGUGUAACUCUCAACACUGUCAGCUCUGAACGCUUGCCAAAAACAUGUAAGCAUAGAAGUUGAGCUGUAUUAGCUGAGUGUUAAGUGUUGCUUAAAUCCUACAUGUCAGAACUAUCCAACUGCGAUUGCCUGUUUUUUGUGAUUGAUCAGGAAAUUUUCAGACCCGGCCACACACACACUCGCUCACACAGCUACAAAACAAACCUGUUAUCCUUCAUUCAAUUGAAAUUAGAGAAUGUGUGUGUGAAAGAAUGUGUGUCUCUGUGUUGUUGACAACAGGGAAUGUCUUUGAAUCUGAGCAUUAUGGGGAGGGGUUUUUGUACCAAGCAACCAAAUAUGGUGUGAGAAUGUAUUUAAAAAGCUGUGGAUCUUUUUAUUCUGUUUGACCCUGGUAAGGAUGGGAUAACUGUGGUGUGCCCAGAGCAGUGUUGAACAUGAUACUGUUCAUCAGAGAUCAUUUUCUUGAAGCACAAAACUGUUUUCUAAUUACAUGUGACUCACCUGAGUCAUAAGUAUUUGUAGCUCUGCAUGGGAAGCUAGACUUUAGCUGUGAUCUGCUGAGUCAUGCCUGCAGAUUAAUAUGGAGUAGGAGUUAGCUGUAAGAGAUGGUAGCAUUAGUUUUUGUAAUAAUAAGCUGAUCUGAGCAAAUGAUCUAAAUGCACAUUGUACUUCCUUUUGGGUACCACGCUACCAGCUUGAGAAAUGUUUGUACACUACAUGAAUGCGGCGGGUCAGGCCGACAGCGACUUUAAUUCCACAGAUGUGUAAAACUGACCCUGCAGGGAAAUUUACAGUAGCCUGGUGCUGUGCCUUUGUGUUAGAAAGACACUGCUAUAUUUAUUGUUUUUGCUUGAUCUUUCAUCAUCCAACUAUGUGGAGAUGCAUUGGAGCUGAGGAUUUUGCUGUUAAACCAAAUGUAUAGAAUUACAAAUAAAUUUAAAACUCAACUGCUUGUUUGUCCUCCAGUUUUAAUGUGAAAUGAUUGAUUUCUCAGUAUUUACAUUAUGAUUUUUCUGUGUUUUUGGAAAUAAAAGUUACAUUUAC